UGUGCUGCAGGUAUGUGUCUUGUCCCAGGACCAUACAGAAAGUUCACACGGAAUUUCUGGAUUGGCUCCAUACAUCAACACGCGCACAGAACUGGACCUCAUGCAGCCUAGUGUCACAGACAACAACAAAGACAGCUAGUGUUGUGUUUGGGAAUCAAGACUUUAGUUAACCUGGAGGCGCGGCAUAAUACGCACUCAGAGCUGCUGAUCCCCAGAAUGUUCAGGAGGAGAGGAGAAAUCUCCUGUUCUCGUGGCUGUAGGUAGCAGGCAGUAGCAGUGGAGAUGGUCCCCUGGGCCACCUUCCUGGUGACAUGCAUGUGGAUACAGACCCUCAAAGCCUCAGGACUGGACAACUGUCCCAGGACCCCUCGCAAGGAGGUGGAUUUCACCGUUAGCUACUCAAUACCCCACUUCCAGACAGCCAAACCCAUCCAGAACAUAGUGGUCAACCCAUACGUGCCUGAGGUUUAUGUGGCUUCUCAGAAUGUGAUUGAGGCAGUGAGUGGAGAGCUCAGUAAGUUAUGGGAGCUGAGGACAGGCCCUGUGGGCAGCCCAGAGUGUCAGACCUGUGGCCUGUGUGACAUCGAGGCCGAUCUUGAGGACUCAGUAGACACGGACAAUGAGGUCCUGCUCUUGGAUCCUUCACCUUAUCUUAACUCUCUGUACUCCUGUGGGAGCUCUCAGCAUGGGGUCUGUCACUUACAUGAACUUAACUCUGAUGAUACCCCACCUAAAUCUGAAUGUCUCUUCAGGAAGGAUGCUAACUCUCCGUCCCUUUGCCCUGACUGCCUGGCCAGCCCCCUGGGCACUGAGGUCAUCAUCGUGGAGCAAGCCUACACAGCCCACUUCUUUGUAGCGGCUACACUCAAUGAGCGUGUGGCACAGAGGUAUGGCAGACCGUCCAUAUCGGUGCGCCGGCCACUGUCGACCCUGGAUGGCUUUGAGAUGGUCAUGCAGGGUCUGACUGUGCUCCCUAAACUACAGAACUCCUACCGGAUCGACUACAUCUACAGCUUCUCCACACAGGACUAUGUGUACUUCCUGUCUGUCCAGAGGGAGAACUUCCUGGACUCAUAUCAGACGCGAUUGGGCCGUCUCCCAGUGAAGGACACGGAGGCUUGGUUGUACCGUGAGGUGGUGCUGGAGUGUCGCUUCGAGCCCAAACGCAGGCGCAGGAGGAGGGGGAACAAUAUGUUCCAGGACGUGGUGUAUAAUGGGCUGCAGGCGGCCCACUUCAGCCGGGCAGGGAAGGAGCUGGCAGAGGAGCUGGGGGUGAGGGAGAAGGAUGACAUCCUCUAUGGGGUGUUUGCAGUGACAGAUGGCUCUGGAAGGCCGUACAGUAACUCAGCCAUGUGUGCCUUCCCCGUGCCCAACGUGAACAGGGCCAUGGACCACGGAGUGGAGGACUGCUGCAGGGCCAGCCCAGAGCAGCUCUCCAGGGGGCUCUGCCACUUCCAGCUCUGCGAGAGCUGCCCUCAUGAGAGCUCAGAGAACAACGCUACAUGCAUGGUCAAGCCCACCCUGGUGUCUAAGCCAUACUACAGGGUGGACCUCUUCAAUAGGUACAUGAACAACAUCCUGCUCACCUCAGUACUGGUCACCAUCAUCGGGAACAACACUGUGGCACACAUUGGCACUAAGGACGGCAGGCUGUUGCAGCUCAUCCUGAGGAGGUCAAGUCCCAUCAUCUUUGCCAACUAUUCUCUGGGAGAGGACACCAAGGUGUCCAGGAAAGCUGCUGUGCAAUCUAACGAGUCCUUGCUCUUUGUGGUUGGAAAUAAGAUGUUCAGUGUGUCUCCUAAAGGACCAGGAUGUAAACACUUCCUGACCUGCUCCACGUGUCUGACGGCGCCCAGGUUCAUAGGGUGUGGCUGGUGUUCGGGGGCGUGCACCAGGCAGGAGGAGUGCCUCCUCCAGUGGAAGAGUGAGUCCUGUCCUCCGGUCAUCACGAAGUUUUUCCCAAAGACGGCUCCCCCUGAUGGUGAGACAGAGCUGAGGCUGUGUGGCUGGGAGUUCCAGUCUCCUCUACGACCAGCCAUCAUCAGCGAGGAGACCCACUUGGUGCGAGUGGGAGAGACCCCCUGCACUGUGCUGUCAGAGAAGAGCAAUAGUACACAGCUGGUGUGUAGCCUUCACCCUAAGGUUCCAGGUCCAUCCCAGGAUCUCAACAUCACUGUGGCAGUGCAUGAGGGGAAGGUGAAGGGACGCUACUCAAUCCAAGGCCAUGCCCAAAUGAUAGGGUUCACUUUUGUGGAGCCAAGUAUCACAGAAAUCACUCCUGACUACGGGCCUCAAAUAGGGGGAACCUUGGUCACAGUGACAGGGCCUCACUUGAAUGCUGGGAUGAUAAAGACUGUGUCUAUAGGAGACCAGGACUGCCCCGUCAAGAGUGUCUCUGAGGGUACUGGGACCAUGUCCUCCAUAGUCUGCCUGUCCAAAGGGUUGGCAGUGGUGAAGAAGGUGCCUGUCAGGGUUUUCAUUGACCAAUCCCAAGUGUCUACUACGAAGAUGUUUCACUACAAGAAGGACCCUGUGAUCACUGUGAUACAGCCAGCCUGCAGCUUCACAAGUGGAUCCAAAAUCAUAAUCAAAGGCGACAAUCUGGACUCUGCGUACAACACUGUGAUCCUCUACAAAUCCCACAACCCCUCCCAGAAUCUUCUGCAGCGUGUCUGCAACGGCACAGCAACCCCCACACGUAUGGAGUGCUUCGCCCCUGUUUUCCCCAGUAAUGAGACAGACAAGGGCAUCAUCACUAUCAACAUGGACGGGGCCAACAAACUCCUGGUGAAGCACUUCGACUACCAACCAGACGCCAGCAUCACCCCCUUUGAGUACGAAGGCAACAUACUGAGCCUGAGCCCUGGACAAACUGAGGUUUCACUGCAUCACAACAAGCUGAGCAUGGUGAGUCCCUGUAUGGAGAUUACAAUGACCAUCGGAGGUGUGGACUGUGGCGUCCAGGUACUGGACAACGAACUGACCUGCAGGAUCCCCAAGGAUCUCAUCAUCCCCAGUGAAGGGUCACCUGUCAGGGUGUCUGUGAAUGGGCGUGCCUAUGAGGUGGGCACUGUGGUCUUCAUCAGCAACACCGUCAACACAGUGGGUGUGGUGAUGGGGAUCUUUGCUGCGUUGUGCUUUGGCGCUUCCCUGGCGUUCAUCGCCAUGAAACAUGUGAUGAGAAAAAAGAAAGAAAUUUCAGCCAACGUAGAGUUUCGUUUAGCAAGGAUGUCCGUCCGCAGCAGAAUAGACAACAACCCUGACCUAUCCCCCACAGGUGACUAUAGACGAGACCUGUCCAACCAGCCGAGCCAGACGACAGGCUCAGGAGGGAUAGCCUUCCAUGGCCUGGUCUACACUGCCGCCUUUGACCCCUCGGCCGUGCCUCUGAUCUCAUUGGACACCCUGAGACCUGAGCUCCUGGAGGAGGUCAGAGAUGUCCUGAUCCCAGCCGACACGGUCAACGUUCACCGCAACCAGAUCAUUGGUAAAGGUCAUUUUGGCACUGUGUACCACGGCUACCUAACAGACAGCAAGAACCAAGAACAGUUAAUCCACUGUGCUGUUAAAUCAUUGAACAGGAUCACAGCCCUGGAGGAGGUGGAGCAGUUCCUGAGAGAGGGCAUCCUGAUGAAGGAGUUCCACCACACCAACGUUUUGUCCCUGUUGGGCAUUCUUCUGCCUCAGGAUGGGCUCCCCCUGGUGGUGCUGCCCUAUAUGAAACAUGGAGACCUGCGCCACUUUAUACGCUGCGAAAGGAGGAACCCAACGGUGAAAGACCUGAUUGGCUUUGGGCUGCAAGUUGCCAAAGGGAUGGAGUACCUGGCCCAGAAGAAGUUUGUACACAGAGACCUGGCAGCUCGGAACUGCAUGCUUGAUGAAACGUUCACGGUGAAGGUAGCAGACUUCGGCAUGGCCAGAGAUGUGUUUGACAAGGAGUACUACAGCAUCCAGGACCACAAGAAGGCCAAGCUUCCAGUCAAGUGGAUGGCCAUAGAGAGCCUGCAGACACAGAAGUUCACCACUAAGUCAGACGUGUGGUCAUUUGGGGUCCUGAUGUGGGAGCUGUUGACCAGAGGAGCUAGCCCCUAUCCUGAUGUGGACCCCUAUGACAUCACACACUUCCUGUUGAAGGGGCGCAGGCUGCCCCAGCCACAGUUCUGCCCUGACGCCCUGUACUCAGUCAUGCUGGAGUGCUGGGACCCAGAGCCGGAGCUCAGGCCUGACUUCCACACGCUGGACCAGGAGGUGCUGGAGAUCCUGUCCUACCUUGAGGGAGAGCACUACAUCAGUCUUAAGGUGACCUACGUCAACCUGGACCAGCCACGGCCCUACCCCGCCCUGACCGCCUCCGCUGACGAGGCUGAAGCCUCGUUUGGAUCAGAGUCAGACAGCGUUGUGUCCAGCUGAGGACCACGGCACCUCAGGGGUCAACAGAACUGACUGGACCAGACCAGAACUGACUGGACCAGAACUGACUGGACCAGACCAGGACAGGGACAGUAGAAAGAGGUCAGAGGGCACGGAUGGGGGCAUGACCAUUUACCAAAGAUGGAUGGCUUCUCCUUUUCCUAUCCACGAUGCAGUAUGCAGAAAGAUUCCCAUCCACGAUGCAGUAUGCAGAAAGAUUCCCAUCCACGAUGCAGUAUGCAGAAAGAUUCCCAUCCACGAUGCAGUAUGCAGAAAUAAUCUUGCACUUCAGUUACUCCAGAUUGGAUUGUGAAGGAAUAGAACAUUGACUAUUGACUAAGGAGACCUUGUGAAAUUUGUCCACUUGUGUGAGCAUUGACACAGAAUUUCAAUGGCGUUUCCCCCACCUUGUGAGUACACAAAUUAUGACUAUAUCAUAUUUUUGUUUACUUUAAAUGCUUUAAUUUUUUUAUGGUAGGUUUUCAGGUGGAUAAAUGGUAUUUAUGGGACACCAAGUGAGCCCUCUCUAUGUCUGAAUCACAGCUUUAAAUAUGAACAAAUGAAUGUAAAUGUCUGAAAUGUGGAUAUGUUAUGCUAAUUAAUGACUAUGAUUUGAGCUUGACAUUAAUACACUGCUCAAAAAAAUAAAGGGAACACUAAAAUAACACAUCCUAGAUCUGAAUGAA